AUGAAGGUUCUGGCUCUACUGUGGACGGUAUGUUUGGUAAGGUUUUGUAGCGCUGGAUGUUGUGGUUGUUUUGGAGGAGGUAAGAGCAAGAGCAAGAGUAAGACCAGGACCAGUGAUGACGAUAAUGAACCUCAAGUUACCACCAAACCAUCAACACCUGCUACUCUAGAUCUCGCCAAUCCAGAUACCUCAAAGUUAGAUAUGCAUACAGAAACAGAAUCCGGAGUAUCACUAAAGACUUAUUCUCCGAAAGGUGGUAACCAUGUCUCCUCUGUUGUUGAUGCUGAUAAGGAGUUAUGGAAGGCUUCUGGAGAUGAAAAGUGUCUGUUAGCUGAGUAUUACGCUAAGGGUAAAGUAGAACUUCUCUUUCUGGAAGUUGAGAAUGGUGGGAAACUCUCUACGAGAUAUUUCGAGAAAGUAGAUGGAGCAUGGAAAGAAAUUGCUGAGAAAGAUUUUGAUGAGAAGGCAAAGACAAUGAUUGGAGAGUCUGGAAAAGAUAGUACUCUGGACAUUAUUCAUCCAAGCAGAUUGUUGUGUAAGUCCUUCGACUAUUCCUUUUCAAGUAAUGCUGUUCAACUCAUUGUCUCCAAUAAAGGUCUUUCUAUAUCUAAACUAGUAGAUGGCAGUGAAGAUAUCUACACCCCUUCAUCCGAGGAGACACUUGAUCAUACUAAACUCUACCUCAACAGAGAUAAUGAACCAGAACUCAUUCUUGUAGUAACUACUUCAUCUGGUACUUCUAAGGAAACUUAUCUUGAACUUAAGGAUGGUAAAUGGACAGUCUGCAAUAAUAGUGAGGAGAGGAUGAAGGGUUUAAGAACCUCUGCAGAAUGGAUCUCAAAUUUUGACAUGGAUCUCUCCUUGGCCAAUAGUACUACAGAAUGUAGCAUCUUUGAAGCUGUUCUCUUUGGGAUUACCACUAGACACUUUUAUCCAAAACCCGGUCAUCUUGUAAUUGGAGUAAAGGAUGGAGAUAAGGAACUGUGGAAAUCCGCAGCUUCCACAGUUUCUACAAAUUAUGCAUCAAGGGUUAAUGCACGCGGUUACUAUUGUCUUUCUUGCCUUAUUUACAAGGGGAGUGUAGAGUUACUUGAGACAGUGGUUGUGGAGAAUAAUUCAAGGGGAAAGAAGCACUUUGAGAAAACUGCUAAUGGAACAUGGAAGAGUAUUGGCUAUAAUGAUUUCGACAAGAAGCUAAAGAAUAUCAAGAAUGGUGUGACUAAUCCAUCGACUCCAUCUUCUAAGUAG